GUCAAAGUUGUGUUGACAGUAGUAGCAGCAGCAGCAGGAACUGUCAGGGCGAGGUAGCUAACAUCACGAGCCGAAUGGAGUAAUUAUCUCGUUAUAUUUCAAGAAAACCAAACCCCCACCACAUUCCUUAUAACACCGUAAACCUCCAACGAAACCAUGGCAGAGGACUCGAGUGCUCAAACUUGGUCCAUCAACAAGGACGACUAUGUACUCAACGAGGUGAUUGGGAGUGGUGCCACGGCCGUGGUGCAGGCGGCCUACUGUGAGCCCAGGAAGGAGAGGGUGGCCAUUAAACGCAUCAACCUGGAGAAGUGUCAGACCAGCAUGGACGAGCUCCUGAAAGAGAUCCAGGCCAUGUCCCAGUGCCACCACCCCAACAUUGUGUCCUACUAUACGUCUUUCGUAGUGAAGGACGAGCUGUGGCUGGUGAUGCGACUCCUCAGUGGUGGCUCAGUACUGGACAUCAUUAAACACAUCAUAUCUCGUGGGGAACAUAAGUCUGGGGUUCUGGAUGAGUCGUCCAUAGCCACCAUCCUCAAAGAGGUUCUAGAAGGACUGGAGUACCUACAUAAGAACGGGCAGAUCCACAGGGAUCUAAAGGCCGGAAAUAUUCUUCUCGGUGACGAUGGCUCAGUGCAAAUCGCAGACUUUGGUGUGAGUGCCUUCUUAGCGGCUGGAGGAGACAUGACCAGGACCAAGGUCAGGAAGACGUUUGUUGGGACACCAUGUUGGAUGGCCCCAGAGGUCAUGGAGCAGGUCAGAGGUUAUGACUACAAAGCAGAUAUCUGGAGUUUUGGGAUCACAGCCAUUGAGCUGGCUACAGGAGCUGCACCAUAUCACAAAUAUCCACCCAUGAAGGUGCUGAUGCUGACCCUGCAGAAUGACCCUCCCUGCUUGGAGACGGGCAUCCAGGACAAGGAGAUGGUGAAGAAGUAUGGCAAGUCCUUCAGGAAGAUGAUCUCACUCUGUCUACAGAAAGAGCCUGAGAAAAGACCAACUGCUGCUGAGCUGCUGAAACACAAAUUCUUCACGAAAGCAAAGAAUAAUGAAUACUUGGAAGAGAAGCUGCUUCAGAAGGGUCCAUCGAUAGGAGACCGAUCCAAACGGGUGCGUCGCGUGCCUGGUUCCAGUGGUCGUCUCCAUAAGACCGAGGACGGGGAGUGGGAGUGGAGUGAUGACGAGUUGGACAUGGAGAGUGAAGAGGGCCAGGCUGCUGUGGCAGCUCUACGGUCUCCCAGAGUGAAAGAUGGCUGCAUCGAGAUUUUCCCUCCAGAGGAUGGUUCGCCCAGUCUGCUCCGUCCAGGAGGGGCAGGGCAGGACAAGGACAAGCCAGACGAGGCCACCCUGAUCCAGGGGGACGUUCCAGCCCAGGACCCCGCUGCCGCCUCCACCACCAAAGUCCCCAUCAGCCUGGUGUUGAGGUUGAGAAACUUGAAGAAAGAACUGAAUGACAUCCGUUUUGAGUUUAUGCCUGGAAGAGACUCAGCUGAUGGAGUUUCUCAGGAGUUAGUUUCAGCAGGACUGGUGGAUGGGAAAGACUUAGUGGUCGUUGCUGCCAAUUUGCAGAAGAUUGUUGAUGAUCCUCUCAACAAUAAAAAUGUCACUUUCAAACUGGCAUCUGGCAUAGAUGAGUCCGAGAUCCCUGAUGAUGUCAAGCUGAUGGGUUUCGCUCAGCUCAGCAUCAGUUAACUCAACGGUCUUUCAUCAAAGAACAACAACAACAACAGUAUUGUGGAGCAAACGUAGUUCUAAUUUCCAAGACGUCACUACUGCCAAGGAAGAAGAGCUGCGUUUGUCAACCUGUAGGGUUCUUUUCUUUACUGAACUCUGCUGUGUUAGUUAAAAUGGACGGGCUAUGAGAACAGGACCAGCGCAACAGUAAAACAACAACAACAAGUUAGAACAGGAAAUCACAUUAUGAAAGAGUUUUAUACAACGUGUAUCUGGGAGGGAGGACGACACAACGUGUAUCUGGGAGGGAGGACGACACAACGUGUAUCUGGGAGGGAGGACGACACAACGUGUAUCUGGGAGGGAGGACGACGUCGCAAUCAACGAUGUCAUCAUCGACUUAUCAUUUUUUUUUUUUUUUUAAAUGAAUAAACAAACAACAAACCAUUUUUCUUAGUUAGUGUUGUACAAUCCAAAAGCAUUAUAUAAUACAAUGUAACUGCUGCCAGUUCUGGAAGUGGUAACAACAACAUAAAUGCCUUUUUAUCGACCGUGCCACUGAACCAACUGAGUAUUGUGUGUGUGUAGAGGCCUCCACUAUUGGAUUACAUACUGUAUACUGCCUCUCAAAUGGACACCUAUUACCUACAUCGUGCACUAUUUAUGGGCUUCGGUCAAAAGUAGUGCACUAUGUAGGGGGGGGGGGGGCAUUUGGGACGUGGACAUGGUAUAUUAGGCAGUGUAAACGACCGGGGGGGGGGGGGGGUCUUAGUAAGGAUCUAUUACAGUGUGGAUCUAUGUAGUAGAGGGAUUAAAUGGCUUGAGUUCACUUGAUAAUAUGAUUGAUAUCAAACUGUAGGGGCUCUUAGUCACACACAGUUUAAACCCCUUAUUACACCAUGACUAGCCAGUUUUCUCAUGGCAUUUCUCUUCGUGUGUAUCAUAACACAAGUUGACGUAAGUUUUCUUAGCUGUCUCAUACGCUUUCUUGAGUGUAUCUGUUGGUUAUAACCUCUCAUAGGGGUAUCAUAAGUUAACAGUUAACUUACGACAGCUGAUGUCGACAUCAGCUGUUAUAACCUCUCAUUGCUGUAUCAUUAGUUCAGGUUACCCCAGACAGACAGGACAGACAGACCUCGUUGCUCUAACGUGGAAGGGGGUCUGUUCAGGAGGGAGAAAUGUUACAGGGCAUAGUGAAAUGUUCAGAUGUUUAAAAAAUAAAAAAAUGUAUAGUGUAGAACAGAUAGGAUUGCCUGUCCUAUAUAUUCAGGAGUCGGUGUCUGCUCUAUUCAUUACAUUUCUAUGUGCAAACCUUCUGGACCGUGAAUCCAGUGUUUUAAUACGUGAAGGUAAAACAAUACCUUACUGAGACCUUGAUAAUUAUGGUCUUGGGAGUGACUAUGCAACUUUGUCUCUGUAAUGUCCAGUACCAGCGGUUCACUAGCCACUGGACCGCUGUUCUCUCGCUAGCUAGCUGCCAUCCCUAUGGCAACUGGACCGCUGUUCUCUCGCUAGCUAGCUGCCAUCACUAUGACAACUGGACCGCUGUUCUCUCGCUAGCUAGCUGCCAUCACUAUGGCAACUGGACCGCUGUUCUCUCGCUAGCUAGCUGUCAUCACUAUGGCCACUGGACCGCUGUUCUCUCGCUAGCUAGCUGCCAUCACUAUGGCCACUGGACCGCUGUUCUCUCGCUAGCUAGCUGUCAUCACUAUGGCCACUGGACCGCUGUUCUCUCGCUAGCUAGCUGCCAUCACUAUGGCCACUGGACCGCUGUUCUCUCGCUAGCUAGCUGUCAUCACUAUGGCCACUGGACCGCUGUUCUCUCGCUAGCUAGCUGUCAUCACUAUGGCAACUGGACCGCUGUUCUCUCGCUAGCUAGCUGUCAUCACUAUGGCCACUGGACCGCUGUUCUCUCGCUAGCUAGCUGUCAUCACUAUGGCCACUGGACCGCUGUUCUCUCGCUAGCUAGCUGUCAUCACUAUGGCCACUGGACCGCUGUUCUCUCGCUAGCUAGCUGUCAUCAUUAUGUCUCUUCUAUCAAUAGCUAGCUAUUUGUCAUUAUGUUUCUUAUCAAUAGCUAACUAUUUGUCAUCAUUAUGUCUCUUAUCUCACUAGCUAGCUGUCAUCAUUAAGGCCACUGGACCUCUGUACUCUCACUAGCUAGCUAGCCGUCAUCAUUAUGUCUCUAUAGACAUUAAUGUCCGUUCCGUCAUCGUAAAUGGACAAAAUAAUUUGUGUCGUCCAAUCCAUCCACUCACCUGAAACUCACCGACUGUAGCCACUCCCACUUUACAUUUGUAUGUUGGUUGGUUGGACAAGCUACUAUGAAAAUAUAGUUUACCAAUUACUUCACGCUGGAAGAAGUUAAGCUAUACUAAAGUUACCCUUAAGGAAAACACAGCUUAACAAAAGUUACUUAGGAGAAAGUAGUUUACUACAAACUUUGAAAAAUAUCUGAAUCUGAAAUGGCAAACUACAAAUUAAACAAAAAGUUUAAGAAUUAGGUAGGUCUGAUUCUGAAAAAGAAAGCAUAUUCAUGCCUACUUAACACAUUCAACUUGUCGCAACAACAACAAAACAGUAGUGUGUAGUUCCAGUAGUUAGCUACAACGCUACUGAAAACACUACCAAGAUUUGAAUUUUAAUUAAACUACCGGCAAGCUACUGCAAAAUGUAAUUAAAUGACUAGUUGAACUAAAAUUUGAAAAUGUAGUUCACAACUCCCUAACACGGUUGGUUGGUGUGUGAUGUGCAUUUGCUGGUUCAGGUACUGUUUUGUAAUUUGGUCUAUUUAGCAGAUGAUGUAUUUCAUAAAGGUACGUACAUUUUUAUAAUGGGAACUGAUGAUGGAUGACCCACCAUGCACUGUCAGUCACACGCCCUCCCGAAGGUAUGUUUGUGAGUAGGAGCAAAGAAAAACAUUGACUGUUUCUGGAGUACAUUUCUAAGACUGAAGAAAGGCUCUUAUUGUACAUGUGAUUACGUCAGAAAAAUAACUGGUAUACUUGAUCAGCUCACCCAGUCUAUAAGUUAAAAUAAUUAAACUACAGUGAGUUGUUUUUUUUGUUUUUGUUUUCCUUUUGUAUCGAGUUUUCCCACUGUUGGCCUUCUGUUAGAUAUUCAUCACUAAUUCCAAGUUAUGUUGCUAAUCAUGCCACAUCUGAUUUGCUAAAUUGGCACCUUUUAAAAAAUAUAUAUAUAUAUUAUUAUUAACAUAGCUGCGUAUUUUAUUUCAAAAGGCUUGUGAUCUGGCUGACAUUCUAUGAUUUUGUUGUCAUGGUGAUAUUUUAAUAUGCAAUUUGUAUUUUUCGAAUCACUGAAACCGUUCCAAUUUAGAGUUGGUUUCCUGUAGUAAGUCUCACAAACUGGAAGGAUGUUCCUCAACAAAUGUAAAUGUAGGUCUAGCUAACAAACACGGCAAAAUGACAACUGACCCCUUUCCCACUAGUGUGUGAUAUGCUGCUUUCAGACUGAGCAAUAAUGUUGAAGAAAGUUAGCCUGGGUGCCAGUUUCUUUGUGCCAUCAUCCCAAAUCCCUGUCACUCAUUGUCAUGGAAAACAAUGCAAUUGGCAAGAGAAUAAACAGAUUUGCGACACCCAGGCUAGAAGAAAGCGUGAGCUGAUAGCAAAAUGUCUCUUUCCCCUCUGUAUUGUGAUACCAAUUGGAAAGCCACUGUUGUCAGGUAGAUAUCUGUCACAAGGCAAACUCUUUUGAAUGAUGAGUAUUUAUUAUAACACUCACUUGGAAAUUAAUGAACUUUAUGAUUUUUUUUUUUUUUUUAAUUUGGAAGUUGGUUUUACUUGAAACCAAUGCAUAUAUUUUCAAUGUUGUGUAUCGUCACAAAACGUGCACGUGAUCAAAAUCAAGUGUGUUGAUUAUUUGACGAAUGUUAUUUGUGAAACCUUUUAGAAAUUAAAUUCCAAAACGUGAUGUCAUGAAUUAAAAGCCCUUUGCCGAAUCAAUGUUGUAAAUGUGUGGUUAAAAGAAAAUUGCCAUCACACACAAACAUGAAAAAAAAAAAAACUUGUCAACUAUUAUUUCUAAAAACUGGUGAAUAGGCAAAUAAAAUCACAUUAUUUGAA